AUAUUACUAGAUAAUAAGUUGUUAUCCUACCGCAAUUAAUACUUGUGAAAGAGACUGUGAAGCUGCGGCGUAACAACAUUAAUUGAUCUGGCACAUUGAGUCCCCGUAUGUGUAAUACAUGCGAAGCUAUAGGUGGAAUUGUGGGUUCAUCUUACCUUUUUGUUUUCCUAUAACUUUCAUCGAACAUCAAACUCAUGUCAUAAAAAACACAGUUGGUGAUGGAAGACGAAAGGAGAAAUGUCGAAUUGAGAAUCUGACUACGCCAUAUUGUAGAGGAGAAUAAGUAGCAAUAAGAAAAUGCAAUUUAUUUUGAAAUCCGAUUUCAAAUAAGUCAGGAAGAAAUAAAAAUGAUUUUGGAG